CAAUCUUCUACCCACCCUCUCUCUAUGCUUUUAAAUAUGCCCCUUGCUCAAUCUUCACCCUUCCCCUUCCCCUUCUCUCUGGCCUCUUUAUUAUCCUAUCAACCUUCACACAUCAGCAGCGAACAGAAACAACUUAGCCUUGAGUGGAGUUCCAGACAGAGCAAGCACACAGCAUCAUACCAUUAGCAAUUUGUUGGCAAGGCAUGGAAGAUCAGUAUCAGUCGUUGCUGUACAAGGCUGGCCUCUUUAUCAUCUCUUUGAUGUCCAGAUGGCUUCUUGGACCCAUGUCCUCACUUUGGGACGCCUAUAAUCAUGAUGACGAUGGCGACGAUGAAGCCCGGCGGCACCAGCACCGAGUCUCCGCGCAGGCGGUGAGGAAGAUGUUGCAGGUGGCCACGUUCAGAGACAUCGUUAGUGCCGGUGCCACCGUAGAGGGUCCCACGUGCGCCGUGUGCCUGAACCAAGUGAGGAACAGGGACAGGGUGUGGGAGCUGAGGAACUGCAGUCACAUCUUUCACAUGCGGUGUCUGGACCGCUGGCUCGACCACGACGACCAACUCACCUGCCCUCUCUGCCGGGCCCCACUAUUGGCGUCCCGGGGAGCGGCAACUUCAUUGUUAUCGCCGUCAGAGGCGAGUUGGGCAGUGGAGAAGCUUCUCUACCUCUUCGGAGAUGACCUGCUCUUUCCUCAUCUUUCUUCUCCCUCGCUGGAUAUUCCCUCUUCGUUAACCAGCUGAUCGAGUUUAUGCCUUUGUGGUGGGGCAUGUAUUUGUAAAUUAGUGUAUACACGAUAUCAUGUAUUUGUAAUUAAGCAAUCUAGAGGUUGAGCACAGCGGCCUGCUAGCUACUAUACAUUGCAAUGCUUAUUACUUGUUAAUGUUAUAUAAUUCUUUCUCACGGAAGGAAGGGGAGUUAUAAGAUCAA